GACUACGAAGGAAGAGAGAGAGAGAGAGAGAGAGAGAGAGAGAUGUAUGCAGAGCCGGGCCUUCUACUGCCCUACUUAGAGGGGUUCUCGCUGAUGCCUUCGCCGCCAGCGCCAGUUGCGCAGCUGCAAGAGCACCAGCUAAGUAUGUCGCUCACAGGCGAUCUACUGGGAGUUUCUGCUCCAAUGGGAAAUCUAGUGCAGCCAUCCACCAUAUUUGAAUAUGAUCUUGGAGGUGAAGGAGAUUUAUUCAAAGCUCCUGAGCCAAUCCUAGAAGAACCAUUACUUGCAAUAGAUCCUAUGUGUGCUGCCAUUUCCAUAAUCUCCGGUGGAGAUGAUGUGAUCAACGAUACAAUCAAGGUUGCAGACAUACAGACAAUCCAAAAUGAGAUCCAAAAUAAUCAUCUCUUGAUUGAUGCCUUCUAUGAGUGCAAGAAAGAUCUAGAAAAAUAUGCUAUCAGUGAUUCAGUUGUUGAGCCAGCUGCUCUUCAGAUUCCAGCAAUGCUGACUGACGAAGCUCUUAGUCUGGAAAACAGCAGGAUAGUUGCAGAAGGACCUCUAAACAAAAGCUUUAGUGCUGGGUCUUUAAGCAUUGCAGAGUGGAGUAAUAGUGUAGGAAGACCAAACUUUCUUGAGUUCAAGGACUUGGAUUUUGAAGCUGCCUAUGGAAUGAGGAGGGCAUACAGUGAAGGUGACAUUCAGAAACUUGGAAAUUCUAAUGUAAACUUUGGAGGCACAAAUGCUGUCCGCUCUUCCCUUGAGCAGCUAAUAGCCAUGGGUGACUUCAAGUCCGAGGAUCGCAGGCAGAAACUCUCGAGAUACAUGAAGAAAAAAACGAGAAGAAAUUUUGGCAGGACAAUUAAGUACGCUUGCAGGAAGGCAUUAGCAGAUUGCCAGCCGAGGGUGCGAGGAAGAUUUGCAAGGACUGGAGACCAUGAGAUUUCUAAGCAACGGAAAUGAAGAAUGAUGGAUUCCAGCAGCCAAUAGAGGGGAAAUUAUUCUGUGCGGAGUCCGAACGUAGAGGAUCUUUCAGAUUACUACGUAUCCUAUGCUUAAGCUCUGUUUACGCUCUGUGUAUUUAUAGCAUCAAAUAUUUAGUUGUAAGAAUUUGCUGCUUAUUUGUUGUGUAUCUACAAAUACGCAGAGUGUAAGUAGAGUGUACGCAAUAGUGUAAGUAGAGCGUAGUCAGAGUGUACGCAGUUCAUCCAGUAAUCCGAACGCAUUUCUACGUCCGGUGUCUGCAUCUAAUAAUUUCCUCCAAUGGAGAGGAUGAAAUUAGCAUGAAAACCCUGGAGUUUCCUUUGAAGGAAUGUUACCUCAGCAAGACCAAGUUUGGGACUUCUGGUUCUUUUCUUGCUUAUUCCACCUUAUUUUUCUGUGUAAUAAUGAUCUUUAUUUAGAAUCAUGGAGGUCGUGUUGUAAAAAUGUUUCAAAUAAAAUGAGAUCUUCCGUCCCA